UCGUUACUAAAUUGUCAUAAGACUCCAUCUUGUACUUGCGUAUGUAUAAACGAAAGAAAUUUGAUUUUUAUUGUGAUAGUAAUUCGAAAGAUAUUUUUCUUUUAAUAUGUUUUCUAGAAAUAUAACACGAUUAUUAUUUAUACAGAAAGAUCUCCUUAAGCGCAAUGCACGUAAUUUUUCAAGAAUUUUAGAUAUCAUUUUGGAGAAACCUGUGGGAAAGAGUACAAAAGUACAGGGAUGGGUAUACGCGAUCAGGAAAAUGAAAAAUUAUAUUUUCUUUGAUGUUAAUGAUGGAUCAACCAAUGAAAUGCUCCAGGUUGUUAUACCUAAAUCUUCUAAGCCAAUUGAUUUAACUUAUGGAAGUAGUAUUAAUGCAGAAGGUAUAUUGACUUUAACACCUAAUGGUAGAUUGGAAUUACAAGUAAAUGAGACACACGUUAUUGGUACAUGUGAUGUUACUAAAGGAUAUCCAUUACAACCAAAGAAACCUUAUGAUGCAGAAUAUUUAAGACAAUAUUUACAUUUAAGGCCAAGAGCACAGAAGUUCAGUAGUUUAUUACGAUUACGUGAUAUAGCUACUGCAAAUAUUAAUAAUCAUUUUAGAAGUAGAAAUUUUAUACAUAUUCACACGCCAAUAAUAACUUCCAAUGAUUGUGAAGGUGCAGGUGAAGUUUUUAUUGUAAGACCUGAUUGCAAAGUUCUUGAGAGUAUGAAGAAAGAUGGUAUGUCAUUAGAUGAAAUUUAUUUCAAUUCUAAAGUAUAUUUAACUGUAUCUGGACAAUUACAAUUAGAAGUUCUUGCAAGGACUCUUUCAAAAGUAUAUACUUUUGGACCUACAUUUAGAGCUGAAAAUUCAAAGUCAAGAUUGCAUUUAUCAGAAUUUUAUAUGGUAGAAGCUGAAAAAGCAUUUGUUUCAAAUAUUGAAGAAAUAGCAGAAGAAGUUGAACUUUUAGUGAAAACUGUAACUAAAAAUAUGCUUGAUCAUAAUCCCCUUGAUUUCCAUCAUAUAGGUGCCACUGAACCACAGUGGUUAAAUAGCAAAUUUGGAUACAUGACUUAUGAUGAAGCAAUAAAUAUUUUAAAUGAUCAUGCAGUUGAAUUACAGCAUCCUAUCAAAUAUGGAGAUGUGUUAUCCAAGAAACAUGAACUUUUUUUAGUAAAAUAUAAUAAUAAUGUUCCUCUUUUUGUUAUAAACUGGCCAAAAGAGGAUAAACCUUUUUAUAUGAAAGAAUGUUCAAAUGAUUCUUCUAAGGUUGCAGGACUGGAUCUUUUAGUACCAAUUGUUGGAGAAUUAGUUGGAGGAAGCAUUCGCGAAGAUAAUUAUGAAAAGUUGAAGUUAAAAUUACCUUCUAAUCAUAAUUUAUCAUGGUAUUUAGAAUUACGUAAAUACGGCAAUGUAUCUACUGGUGGUUUUGGGAUGGGUUUUGAAAGAUUUCUGCAAUGUGUCUUGGGAAUAACAAAUAUUAAGGAUACAAUUCCUUUUCCAAGAUGGCCACAUAAUUGCAGUUUAUGAAUAAAAGUUGCAGGAUUGUUGUUGGUUUACUUCUCACAUAAUAGGAGGACUGCUUUCCAUAUAAGUGGAAAGCAAUUCUAGAUGCAAGAAUUAUAAGUAAAACAAAAAUGAUAAAAAUAUUUUAAUGGAUGAAAACGAAUAAUCGUAUUAACGGACAACAUUCAAUGAUGCAUUACAAAAAUGAUAAUUUUACAUAAUUUUUUUAUUAUCAAUAAUUUUAUACAAAAUCUUUAUUUAUUUUAGGUUCUCUCGUAAUUCGUUACCAUAUUAGUUUUUUUUUUUUUUUUCUUCAAACAUUGUUAGUAAAAUUUGUCGAUAGUACUCAAUUUCUUUUGCAAUAUAUGAUAUAACAAGUUUGAAAUAAGUAUUUCUAAACGGUAAAAAAUCUAAGAUGGAAAAUGUGAUGAGAUUUAACAAGUCAUCAUUAUUUUUAAAAAAUUCUUUAUUGAAUAUUGAGAUAGAUUUUCAACUAAGUUAGACUAAUUUUUUAGCAUUUUUUUUUUUUUUAUUUCUCCAAGUACUCCUAGAUAUGGCUAAAAAUCCAAAUCACUAAUUAAUUACGCUGCAACUGUUAUCAUUAUAAAGGAUAUUAUAGAGGUUACUAUAGGAUAAUAAGUAACGAAAGAGGAAGUCAAAACCCGAAUAAUCAACAAGUCUUCUUUUAUACAACAAAAUAAUGACUCUAGUACUAAUUUUUGUGUCUUACCUAAUCUCAUCGUGAUCAUAUCAUUGUUGAAAGUAUGUACAAUGCAACAGACAAUCACAUAUCACACAAUUUGUACAUUUUUAACAAUUGAUUCGGGCAAAUUCGAUUCUUUAUAAAUAAUCCUGUUAGGUGCAAUGAUUUUUGUGUAUAGUUCCACGAAGCACCUCUUAAACGAACAGUAAUUUUAUAAAUUAACCUAUGCAGAAUUAGUAGUUUACAAAGUACAAACGGUACGAAAUUCUCAAUAAGUCUUGUGCAGACCAUCGUAAAUCUUCAUGACAUUUCUAACUUUGUUGACAUGUCACGAAUUGUGAUUGCACUCAAUACUAUUAGGAAUGCUACAUCACCUUAUUACUUCACUUAAAUCAUUUCACUUGCAUCAUACACAUGCAACUUUUCUUUCACACUACAUAUAACGGCAAAUAUUCAUACAUACAUUCACACUUGCACAUAUUACAAAGUAUUCUUAACUCUUACGACGUGAUGUUUUUUACUUCGUAGUCGAUAGUGAUAAAUGAAAUAUUAUCGUGUAUCAUGAUACACGUAUUAAAAUUUUUACCUAAAAUUUUGAAAUGAAGGAAAAAAAAAAAAAAAGAAAAAUAUAUAAAUAAUAAUGUCAAGGUAUGGCUAUUAUUGUACGCACGAUAUCAAAAUAUUUAAAUAAACAUUUCACAUCAUGUCGUACGAGCCGCACAAAAGGUGAUAUACAAUAUACGAACUUAAUGUAAAAAGGUGUUAUGAAUAAAUCAAACUCCUUCGCGAACACAUACUUCACACAAACCACUAGGGUGUCCACAGAUUCGCGUAAAAUAUUUUACAGUUACUAUUUACAUUAUUGAACAGAGUCCAGAUAAUUCUUGUCCCUUUUCUACGGGAGGUAAGGUAGAUAAUUUUCUACCCAGCAAAGUGGGUUUGAUAGAAGCAGGCACUAAAGGCUCUGUAUGUUCUUCAAUUUGAGGCUCUACAAUUUGUUUCUCCUUUGGUUCUUCAGGUUCCUUGCUAGUAUUUAAGGGCUUCGUAAUAUUAAUUUUAAUACGGGAUGGGGCUGUUGGUAAUGUCGCUGGGGUAGAAUCCAAUUCCACAUUUCCAUCAAUAGAACUUUUCACAGCUGCAUAUGUUGUAUCUACUGUUGCGUGCUCACUUACUAUGC